AGUGAAUCAGACGCACACUUUUGAUGCACAGUGUCUACGCCACAUCCAUGACGACCAUCAAAGCUCGAACCAAGGCUGAGGCAGUGAGGGCUCACGCUGGCCAUUCAAGUAAUCAGUGGAAACAAUUCAUGAAAUUUACGAGGCAAGCGGCUGAAAGACUUCUUAUAAAUGCACCUACGGCUACUUGGAUUGAUAUUAAGGAUGCGGAUCAAAACCUAGUGCUAGAGGCGGUCAACGUUCAACUACAAGAGAACGAGAUUCCCCUCGUCACUCUCGAGAUCCUUGCUUGGCGCAUGCCGAGGGCAAUGGGAGAACUCCGAAAACCAAGUGAAACAUCCUCUCGAGCCGAAUCAAGCCAGGUGAUGUCACCAUCGAAUGACACACCGGUCCGAACUUCGUACUACGAUCCUGCGAGGGAUACAUGAAAGAAUUGGCGGGCUGCAAGAAUGUGCAUAGGCGCGCUCUGGGGGUAAUCUAGCCGUUCGCUUGUCCAAUGAAGC